ACAUUUAUUUGGACUGGCGAUCAGUCAAUAAUCACCUCGAAGACGAAAACCAGCCAAACACCCGAAGGUUAGUUGCGGAUUUGCAAUUUUGCAAGAUCAACUUUUUCAAAACACGGCAACCCAACGUGACCUGAUCUUAUCCUAUCAGAUCGAUUCAAUUCCAUUGGAUUACUAUUUCUUGUCUUUGUGUUAAUCUCAAUCGAACAAGUAUGAAAGACAAGAAGUCUGCAAAAGCAAGCCUUCAACAUAAACAACAUCAGAACGGCCACUUUUCUCCAUUUAAGUUUGCGAAAUUGCUUGAUCCGGAAGCGUCUUGGGACAAGGACCAAUUAGGAGAUGUACUUCACUGGAUUCGGCAAAUUGUAGCUGUUGUAUGCGGGUUGCUAUGGGGUGCCAUUCCUUUGGUAGGGGGUAUCUGGAUUCUUGCAUUUCUGUUGAUUUCUUCUGGUAUCAUAUACGGGUAUUAUGGAGUCAUACUUAAGCUUGAUGAAGAAGAAUUUGGUGGACAUGGACCUCUUCUACAAGAGGGACUUUUUGCUUCAAUUACUCUCUUUCUGCUGGCGUGGACUCUGGUAUACAGCUUGGCACACUUCUAACUGUAAUCUCUUGUUUUUGUAUUCCCAUUAUUGAACUUGAAGAUCAAAUUUUUUAUUUCCUUGAUUGUGCAAUAUUUUUUAGUAGUUGGAUUUGGAUUUUGAAGUAAUUAAUUUGCUCUGAAUAUGAGCUUCUUGAUUUCA